AUGAAGCCAAGGAAGGGUUACAUUCAACAUGAAGAUUUGCUCUAGUUACAAAAAGUUAAAGAUUAUGUAUACAGAGAGUAUGAUUUGGAUAAGUUAAGGAGAAAUUGUGUUGAGACUAAGCUUAAAAACUGCAUGGAUUUCCAUGAUACAAAUGUAGAGUAUAGUAUCCAAAAUAUAAAAAGAUGGAAAAAAGAGCAAGAAUAGCUCACUGCAAUAAAAUCAAGUGUUCAAAUUUUCCCAGAAAAAACUAAAGCACCUAAGAGCCCAUAAUUGCUUUAAUAGUCAACAAUUAAAGGCGGUUUACCUUAGAUGCUAAUGGGAAAUGAUUCAGGCUACAAAACCAAAUAUCUUCAAUCUGGGUAAUCUCAACCAAACAGUCCCAGGAUAAAUGAAUUGUUCGACACUUCUGCAAAUAAUAUUUUAAUGGAUCAGUUAAUGUCCUUUCAAAGUAUAUCGCUUAACAAUCUCUAGAAUCUCAAUGAAUCAAAUUUACCUUAAAUUCAAGAUUUUAGAUCAUUCAGUGCAAUUAAAGAUGAUAAAAGUAUGCUAUCAAUGAAGUGGAGCUUUCCUGUGCAUCUUGAAAACUAAAACAAUUAUAAUAAGCUAAAUAUAAAAAAGCAAGCAACUAUUAACAAUUUUAAUAUCAAUUCCUAAGACUUUGAAAACGAUUUCAAUAGCCGCUAAAAUACUGCUAUUAAACUUAAGCCAAUCAAUAACUAUAGAAUAAAAUCUGAGCAAACUUCUCCUCCUCAAAUGUCUUCAUUUAGCAUCAGAUUAAAUUUAAAUACUGCUUUUGGCUUAAAUUCUCGCUAUGAAAUGUCAGAGGAUAAUAAGCUUAUAGUGCUUGAUGAUAAAAAAAUAUAUCCAAUUCAACACUAAAAGAUUAGGAUGCCUGUGUCAAGCAGUUUAAAAAAAGCGAAAAGAAGACAUAUUAAUCUCUCUCCUUUUGCAGAAGACAACUCUCCUGAUGUCUAAAAUUUUUGA